AUGGCAGAUGCAAUAGACACACCACCAGAUGUUAACAAUAGUUUGUAUUAUGAUGAUAAAUUUUCUUGUUCAUCAGAAAAACAACAAAUAUUGAGUGAUGAUUUACCACCAUUGGACAUAGUUCGUAAGAUGAUUAAAUAUGAAACAUUUUUACGUUUAUCAGAUCCUAUUCAACAACUUUUCGAGUUAUAUCAUAAAGAUGAUAAUGCUAUAACAAUGGUACUCGACUUAGUUCAACAAAAUGUCGUUGAACAUUUUGGAUAUAGUCAUGUAAAUGCAUUGCGAACAGCUAUAUCACGUUUUCCAGAUGAUUCAAUUAUUAAAGAAGCUUUUUAUAUUAAACACAAUAAAAUUACUCAAGGUCUUGUCAAUCAAGGACAAUGUGCACUGGAUCGGUUAAAUAAAUUAGUUCGCUCACAUACGCCAGCUAUGCGUCUUUUAACAAUUUAUAUUGCUGAGGCGCAUGCACGUGAUCAAUGGCCAGCUGGAAAAACUAUAUCAUGUGUUGAUCAACCAAAAACAUUAGUAGAACGUUUAGAAAAUGCACGUGAAUUCAAGAAAAAAUUCAACUUUGAAAUGCCUAUACUUGUUGAUAGUAUGGAUAAUACAUUUCAUAUUACUUAUGGUUCAUGGCCAUUUCGUUUUUAUAUAAUUAAUGAUGGAAAAUUAAUACUCAAAGCUGAACCUGGAAUAACAACAUAUGCUUAUGACUUGAAUGAAUUAGAUACAUGGAUUGAUAAUUUCUAUCGAGAUAAAAAAUAA